AUGAGGACAGUGUCGGUCUUACUGCUGUUGGGGCUGGCCCUGUACGUCCAGGGUGAACCGAUCGAGAGGAAACAGGACGACGAGAGUGCUCUGUACUGUGUGCUCAAGGAGAACGCGAUGGAAUGUCUGAGAACCAGGCUGGCCAGAGACAUCGAUCGGAUCGAGAUGCAGGUGACCGGGGCGAAGAGCGAGACGCCUAUAAGCGCGGUCAUCGAGCAGGCUGGCAACUUCGUGGCCGAGGUGGUCGACGAUUUUCAGAAUCCCGGAAGAGCCGACGGAGCCGGGGAAGAGACGGAAGCUGGCGAACAAGAGGAAGGACGCAUGAAGAAGAUUGGCAAGAAGAAGAAGAAGCAGCUGCAGAAGCUGUUGAGCCUGGCGAUGGUAUUCAAGGCGAAGCUCAGUCUGUUGCUUCAACUGAUCUCCACCCACCUGCAAGUGAAAUUGUUCGCGAUCGCCAUCAUCGGAUUGGUCCUGAACGCGGUCAAAUUCUGGUUGGAUUUGAAGAAGGGCCACCCGUCGAAGGUCAUCUACUACGAGCACGCUCAGCACCAGCACCAUUACGAUCACGAUGACCACGAGCAAAACUAUUGGGGACGAUCCUCCGGGAACGAAUCUCCUCAUAACCUAGCUUACUCCAGCUACGCGCCCAAAGACUAA